UUGCUAGCGACGGACGCGUUUCUUCCCGAGUAUUGCAGCCAUUAUUCCAAGCUAACAUUAACCGGCUAUUUGUUUGUGAGUGUGGGUCGACGGAAUGGGGGUGUCAGAUUUACAAUUUGAUACAAAUGGGCCUGUGGUCGAUCUUUCGGCUCGGGGUAUGCGGAAGAUUGACCCCAGUUUCAUUUGCUCUGAGGACACACACACGCUCAUCCUGGACCAAAAUCAAAUCAUGAAACUGGACUAUCUGGAAAGGAACCCAGGCCUUCAGCAGCUUUCUGUAGCCAGCAAUCGCCUUGUCAGGAUGAUGGGUGUGUCUCAGCUCAAUGAGUUGCAAGUCCUCAAUCUUCCCAAUAACAGUAUUGGCUACAUUGAGGGACUACGGGACCUAGCCAGCCUCAAAUGGCUCAACCUGUCCGGAAAUGCAAUUAAGGUUAUUGAGCAGCUGAACAACUGUGUUUCUCUUCAACACUUGGAUCUUUCAGAUAAUAGCAUAUCUAACAUUGGGGAUAUGAGUAAACUUGUGGCGCUAAAGACACUACUCCUGCAUGGAAACAGCGUGACAACCCUCCGAACUGUGCCUGCCAAUCUCCCUGCCAAUGUGUCCAUCCUGUCGUUAGCAUCCAAUGAGAUAACAGAUCUCAAUGAAGUGGCACACCUGGCCCCCCUCUGCAAACUGGAGCAGUUGUCCAUUAUGAACAACCCUUGUGUGAUGCCAACCCCGUCACUGCCUCGCUUCGACUACCGGCCGUAUGUGAUGAAUUGGUGUCUGAGCCUCAAAGUUUUGGAUGGUUUUGUGGUGUCCCAAAAAGAAGGACUGAAAGCGGAGUGGCUGUACAGUCAGGGAAAAGGUCGCUUCUAUCGACCAGGCCAGCAUGUUGAACUGGUUCAGUACCUUUCCACCGUUUGCCUCCGGACCGCUUCGUCGCCCUUGGUGAUGGCAGAAGAUGCCAAACUGGAGAAGAUCCUGAAUAAGCAGAGGCUUCACCAAAUGCAGUUGUUAGAGGAGACCCGCGGGGACUGUCCAAGCCCUCCUCGGCCCACUGAACUAGCUGUGGAAAGAGCAGACACUUUGCCAACAUCACCACAAGGGAACACUAUAGAGGCCAAGAGCAUAACAACAACACUACCACCACCACCAGUUGCUGUCCUAUGCGAUCUGGAAAGAGGACGAUCGGUGCAGUUUAACACAUGGAUGAGCUGUGACUCGUCCAGCCCUUCACUUCCAUGUAUAAGCAGCCCACAGCUGGGAGAGGAGAACCUCCAUUUGGAAGAUGUGCAGACCGACGAGGACAAGCUAAACAGCAGCAUGCUAUCUUCCGAGUCCACCUUCUUGCCCUUCACACCUCACUUCGAGCCCGGGCCACCAAACUCGGACAGCGAGGACGAGACGGAGACGUUUGAAGCCGACUCACUGGCCCCCAGGCAUCCGUCGUCUCCCCAGUGCUCUCCCCCAUCGGAUCAGCGCAAUAAGGAAGACUCUGUCACGCCACAUUUGGAAGCCCCAGAAGAAGAAACGUUCUCACAUUUGGUCAAUGAGUCAGAGGAAGCCACAAGAGCAGCCGUGAAGAUCCAGGCAUGGUGGCGGGGACGGUACACUCGGUGUUGUCACCCCAAGGCCAGAGAGGUGCGCAGUGAGAUCCGCCUGCGCCGGAUGCAAGAUCACAUCGUCUCCUUGUCAUUAAAAUUUGACAGGGUGCAGAAGCAGUGUGAGGAGGAGAGGUUACAAAGGAUGGUCCAAGAGGAAGCGGUCAGGUUUCUAUGGAAACAGCUCCAGUCCAUGCAGCAGUGGAGGCAGUCUGUCGAGGAGCAGCUGGCCAGUCUCACUCAUGUCUCCCCUCCUCCCGGACCGUCUCCGGCGGCGGCUCUUCCCGUCGCUAGUUGCACUGCAAACCAAGUGGCCACGGACGUCUCCUUCCCUGACUCGGGCUUCCAAAUGACAACAAACGAGGAGCGGGCCGCGUCUGAGGACAGCUUCCUGAGCAGCGGGACUGCAGAAUCUGUGAUGACUGUGCGAGCGCCCGUAGGAGGCGUGGACAGCACGGACUGCAGCCUCCUAGAGCAGUACGCCACCUCCUUGCAGCAGAGGGAGGAGGAGGAAGAGGAGGAGGAGACGGGCGAGGAGGGGGUAGUAGCAUCGCGACCAUCCUCAUCCCUGCGAACCGAAGAUGACCAGGCAGAUGUCCACUGAAACAAACUACAGCAUAAGAAUGUUAUAUUUGCCCACUGAGGCAUGCCUGAAGACUGCACUUAUAUUUAUUGUCUGUCACCCAUGCGAGUGAAGGCUUAUUAGCUCAACACAUUAGACCACUAUCAUACACUGCUCACAAAAGUCUCGGGAUAUUUAGCUUGCGGGCAAAAAUUCAGGAGGAAACUAAUAUGCACUGUAACUCUUACACCUUCCCUUCCCUAAACAUAUGAAUCCACAUGGCCAACUGUUCAAUGAUUCAGUGGUUUUUGCACAUCUUGCUGUUUUCUAACAAGUGAUUCAACGAUGUUUGAAGUGUUUGAUCCACGAAUUGACCGAUAUGUUUUGUGGUUCAAUUAGUAUUAGUAUUUAAACAGUCGUCUUCAUUAUACUGUUCACAUUUUGACAUGAUGAGGCCUAGACGACACCUAACAAUGGAUCAGCAGUACCUUGCCAUUGCAAAGCUUCCAAAAAGCCACUGAGUUCAGAUUGUCUCAGUGUUUCAACAUCAGGUUGCAGUAUAGACAAAUACCGUUAGACUGAAAGAGCCCACAGAAAGGCACAGGAGUGGAUGUCCUUGGGAAUGUACAAUACUUGUCAAUUCAUGAAUCGUAUAUUUGUUGUGAAUGUUGGUGUUCAGCUCCUUGUGUGACAGCAAAAGUUGUGUACGGGAUGAAAUAUUGAACAGAUGGACAUGUGCAUUCAGAAAUUUUGAAAUGGUCAACUCAGUUAAUCGGU